AGACAGCGUGUGGACGCCGGAGAACCGCGUAAUUCAUACUCUUCGAUCCCGAACUUUAGUUCGCGACCGGCUUUUCUCGGUAGUGGUAAUAAUAUAUACGGCGCCAUUUUUACCCAACAGCAACAGUUCGGUCUUUUCGGACCGGGGUUCGCGCCCGCAAAAAUGUUAAACGAGCUUUUGGGCCGACAAAAGCAAGAAAACGCGGAUGGCGAAGACGUGAAAUUCGACAACGUGAUAAGGUGUGAUAACAGUCCUCCCAGUGGAGAGCAACUUGCUCAUCAUAUGUUGCGAGAUAUUCUUCAAGGCAGGAAACACGAGCUUUUAGCAUUAGAACAGGACAUGCGCAAUGGACAAGAUCACAUUAUAAACAACAAUAACAACGAACCAAAGACAAGUCCAGAAAGAAACGAUGUUGAUGCAUCCAUGAAAGAGUGCCUAUCAGAAUCCGGAGUGGGUGAACGACAACAAGUGGAAUUGAUGGAGGAGGCUCUAAAUGGUAUGGAAACAGAAUCACUUCCAUCACCUAAAGUGGAACCGUCAAGUCCUGCUAAACCGGAGGACGCGAAAAAAGCACGAGUAGAAAAUAUUGUGACAGGUAUGAGAUCCAGUCCAGCACCACCACAAGUAAACGGAUGUAAAAAACGAAAAUUGUAUCAGCCACAACAACACGACAGUAAUGCAGACAGAUAUGUAGACGACGACGAAGAAGAAAUAGAACCUAUUAGACAAAAGCGUGUAGAAAAGAAUAUACUUAAAUCUCAACUACGAUCAAUGCAAGAACAAUUAGCCGAAAUGCAACAAAAGUAUAUGGCUUUGUGUAAUCGAGUGGAACAAGGCUCAGAAGAAAGUCAAGAAAUUGAAGAAAUACCAAGUGAUAGUGAACAAAGUAAACGUUCGGCCCCUCCUUCACCAGUGACGACGAGUACACCUACACCUGUUCAACAACCUACACUAGCACAAGAGGUGAGCAAAAUGAAAAUUAGCCCUCCAGGUCCUCAAUUUCAUAAUGGUUUUUUACAUAAUCCUCAUCAGCACAUGAGUAAUGCUGCGGCAAUGUAUUUAGGUGUAAGUCACAAACUUUUUAUGGAACAAGAAGCUAGAUUAGCCAAAGAAAGAGAAGCAAACGCCGUAAAUAGUGAAUCACAGCAAAUACAAUCAACACAACAUCAACAUCAUCAGCAGCAGCAUCACCCACCUCCAAAACCCGACCAUAUCGCAGACCGACUGAAUAUGAUAAGAAAUUUAAAUCCUAACGGCACAGAUCUGGAGGGAUUAGCGGAUGCCCUCAAAACUGAAAUAACAUCAUCGUUAUCAAACCUUAUAGACUCAAUAUUACACCGAUUCGUCCACCAAAAAAGAUGUAAGCAACAAGAUGCAGCGACAGCAGCAGAACAAUUAAACAAAGAUCUAAUGAUGGCCUCGCAACUACUGGACCGAAAAUCUCCCAGGACCAAGGUAGCAGAGCGACCGCAAGCUCCACCGCCACCACCGAAUCAUCAAAAUCAAAUGGUAAAUGGCAAUGCGGGUUGUCCACCUAUGAUGCCCGUUCAUAAUAUUAAUAAUAUGCAAAAACCUUCAGAUCUUCAUAUACGACCUCCGAUGUUUCAGCCUCCCAAACCACCAGGUAUCAGCGCACCCCUAUACGGAAUGAACCAUCCAUUUUGUGUCAACAAACAGCCAGAAACCCCAGAGCAGAACGAAGCACUUAGUCUCGUGGUUGCUCCAAAGAAAAAACGCCACAAAGUAACAGACACCAGGAUAACGCCUAGGACGGUGAGCAGAAUCUUGGGCCAAGAUGGAAUGGGUAUGUCUCCCGCCGCUAUGGAACCAAACAAUUGUUCUUCUCCAAGGCCGCCCCCAUAUCACCAGCCGCCGCCGAUGUUGCCCGUCUCCCUUCCGACGUCGGUGGCGAUACCCAACCCCGGUCUCCACGAAUCUCAGGUUUUCUCGCCCUACAGCCCCUUCUUCCAUGGACCAAGUCAUGGCCACCACAUGGCAAUGCAGGCUUCCUCCUCCCCGCCCCGAAUGCACAAAAUCGAACGAGAAUCACCACCCAUACAUCACCCACCCACCCUUCUUCAUCCAGCAUUACUGGCAGCGGCCCAACACGGGGCAUCCCCGGACUACGGCCACAUGCGAGCGCCAUCUGGAGGCAUGAAUAUGGACAACGGUGAUAGAAACUCAGACUGCAACUCAGGGGACAUAUCUUAUGACGGAAUGCAACCUACUAUAUCCUUUUUAUGCAAAGAUUUUAGUAAAAAUCUUAGUGCACAUCAUCCCGGUAUUUCCUUAACUCCUGAGCACUCGUCAACAUUAACUCCGAUGCAUCUCAGGAAAGCGAAAUUGAUGUUCUUCUGGGUGAGGUAUCCAAGUUCAGCGGUCCUCAAAAUGUACUUCCCCGACAUCAAAUUCAAUAAAAACAACACUGCCCAGUUGGUGAAGUGGUUUUCCAAUUUCAGAGAGUUCUACUACAUUCAAAUGGAAAAGUACGCAAGGCAAGCUGUUUCCGAGGGAGUGAAAAAUGCGGAUGAUCUCCAUGUUGGCGGUGAUUCCGAAUUGUACAGGGUGCUCAACUUGCACUACAAUAGAAAUAAUCACAUCGAGGUUCCUUCAAACUUCAGGUUCGUAGUUGAACAAACCCUUCGGGAGUUCUUCAAGGCGAUCCAAGAAGGCCGUGAUGCUGAGCAAUCCUGGAAAAAAUCCAUCUACAAGAUCAUCUCGAGGCUAGAUGAUCCUGUGCCGGAGUAUUUCAAAUCUCCCAAUUUCUUGGAACAACUUGAGUGACGGGUUAGUGAUAUCCGAUCAAAAGGAGUACCUCAAGGUACUGCCUGUUAGCGGUUCUCGUCCGACAGGCCCCAACACCAAAGAGAAUCGGUGACGUAUCUCACAAACUGUCAACAGUUUUUGUUGUUUUUAUUGGUUUUGAAGACGUCGACGUUCAGAAGAACCUUGCCAUCUUUGAAAAUGUUCGGACAUUUGUUGAAUAGUUGUGUUAAGUUGGCAGAAAGACUUAAUAAUUAUAUGCCUCUGGCUUUGCGUUCGUUCAUUGCGAACAGUGAAUACAAUUCUACAGUGAUUUACCUGAAUAUUUACCGGAUAAUAAUUAUACAAAGUCAAGUCCUAAGUUUCUACAAACCAGCAGUUAGCAAAGUUCAAAAUCUGCACUCUUUUUUAUUUGAUUUUGGGCAAGGCCACACUAAACCAACACAAAUAACCCUCCUGAUGUUUAGGGAAUUUUAACAAAGUUGCAAAUUACUUUUUACCAAAGAGCAAAGUUAGAAUUUUUUCUAUUAACAAAAACCAUUAUUAAACAACUUAUAAAAUACCAUAGAACCAAAGAAUAGAAGCUUUUAUUUUUUACCUCAUAUAUAUUUGUAUGUACUAUUGUUUACAUAAAAUGUGAUCGACAUAAAUACACAUAAACAACGAAAGCAUUUUUAAAACUGAAAAUCACUAGUUUCACAACAAUAGAAAGCAGUUAAAAAUCUUAACUUCGCUUUUUACAACGAUGUAACUAUUUUCUAAACAUUGGAAGCAUUGUCCAAAACAUACCUAAUGUCAGUAUUGAUUUAGUAUGGCGUGGCCCAUAGGGCAUGUUCUUGUUUACUGCCACUGUAAACUGCUGUGUAUACCUGUUUGUAUAUAGAUCUAAAUGUACAUAGUAUUUAUCACUUAUUUUUAUUUAUAUUAUUGACAUUCCUAACCAAAGUUUUAUUUUUGCUAGUCGUCUUAGUUUUAUAUUUUUUUAUGUUGGUACCGCACACCGAGAGCUUUGUACAAUUUUUCACAUAUAUAUUUAUCUCUCGCUGUGCUGUACCAUAUUUUAUUAUUUUUUAGUACAUCACAUCUUGUUUUUUGUAUUAAAUACAGACGGGUGUGAUGUACUUUCAAUUAUUAGGUAGAUAUGCCUAUUUUAAUCAAAUCUUGCAUCUUCAAAUUUUCCAAUUACAUUUUUUAUAUUCACUUUUUAAAAUAUCUAUAUUAGCUACAUUUAACAACUAUGGUGGGACGUCAACCAGUAGGAAGACCAAGGAAAAGGUGAAUGGAGAAAGUGAGAACCGAUGCUAAAAACAUAUUGAAGGACAUUAUCAGAGGAAAGAAUUGGUAGAGCCCAGGGCCCGAUUUCGGCCUAAUGCCAUUGUAGAGAUGUAGCUAACAUAACACUGACGUUUUAGAAGACAAUAAAUGAAAUAUAAUUAACUCAAAGCAGUUCAAUAAUUUUUAUUAUAUUCAAUGUUAAAACAAUACGAAAAAUUACCCAUAGAUUUAAUUUACUGGAUUCAACUGUUUAAUUUUAUUUUAUACUUAGAUAUAUCUUGAAGAUGCAACAUUUGAAACAACUCUUCCCAUUUUCCCAAAUUAAUUUCUGUCUUUUGUUGUAUUAUUUCAGUUUAGACUAGUUGCUAUAUUGUUUUUUUUUUAUUUGUAGCAUAUUUACCUAAUAAUUAUUUUAUUUUAAGAACACAUGCACGAAUAUUAGUGUAGUUAUACACGAUCUCCAAACACUGUGUGAGGCAACUAGUCAUGUAUUAAGUAAAAUAUAUUUAGUUUCAAA